AUGGCUAGAAAACUUAAAGGAAAGCCAAGUAAGGCAAGUCAAAAACAUAUUAAAGCUGCAAUGUUUAAAGAAGCAGUUAACAGGGUACAAAAACCUGUAACUCCAAAGCCUCAACAACAAAAAAAAUUACAACCUAAACCAAAACAUGAACAACCAGAACAAUUAAAUCAAGCAUUUAUCCCAUUUGGUCCAGAAGAUACAGUUAUGUUAGUUGGUGAAGGUGAUUUUUCAUUUGCUGCUAGUUGUUUACAACAAGAAUAUCUUCAACCUUCUAAAUUAAUCAUUACAAGUUUUGAUAAUUCUGCCAAUGAAUUAGCAUUAAAAUAUCCACAUACUUUCCCAAAAAACAAUGAAUAUUUAAAAGAAAAAGGUGUUGUUAUUCAUUAUAAAAUUGAUGGUACUGACUUAGUACGAUCUUUGAAAUUGAAAAAACACAUUAAUAGUUUCCCCAAAUUAGAUUUUAUUGUUUUCAAUUUCCCACAUACUGGUCGUGGUAUGAAAGAUCAAGAUAGAAAUAUUAGAGAUCAUCAAUUAUUAGUAUUAGGAUAUUUUAAAUCUUGUGUUGAAGUUUUCAAAAUGUUAGGAUGGGGUACACCAAAACAAAGAAAAAGUAAUCUUUCUGAAAUGAAUGUUUUAAGUACAGAAUCUCAAGAUAAAGAACCAAAAAUUGUUUUAUCAGUAUUUGAAGGAGAACCAUAUGAUUCAUGGAAUAUUAAAUCAUUAUCCAAGACAUUAGGUUUAAAAGUUGAAAGAUCUGGUGCUUUUAGAUGGGAUUUAUUUAAAGGUUAUGAACAUAAAAGAACAAAUAGUGAACAGCAAACUACUAAAGUUGCAAAUGAAAGAAAAGCUAGAAUUUAUGUUUUUGAAAAAUUCAAAAAACAAAUCAAAAAGAAGAAAGUUGAUAGUGAUGAUGAAGAUUAA